GCAAACGCGUGGGCGGCUCAUCAGUCAGGCAGCUCAACUCGGGCUUGAACUUGAAAGAAACGUGACUUCUUGGCGCUUGGGGGACAGCAGUCGGUGGCAGCUCCCGGCGGUGCCCUUUUGCGGCCACAAAUUGGCACUCGGCCAGUUCGGUAGAGCGGAGAGUAACAGAGCUGCCCACUAUUCCUAGGGCUCCAGUCCCAUCUUUAUACCACUCAACUUGAAGUACCUUGCCUUGCCUAGGUUCUCCUGCUGUGGCUACUGCUUCUAGAGUGUUGCGACCAAUUCCUGGUUUGUUUUGCUUCAAGUUCUCUCUCCUCUCACAUCAACUAAACCUCGUCCCAACCUUCCCUCCUCUUCCCCGACCUUGGUCAGGUCCGGAACUCAUACCUGUCAGCAACCAUGGCCCCGAUUACCGAGGAGAAGAUCGAUGAUCUCAAGGACCUUGUCCAUAAGCUCGAGAGCCGAGUGCACGAACUCGAACGCAGACUGGAGGGCGGCGGGAAGAAACCCUCGGUGGUAGAGUCCAUGCGCAUGAUCCUCAUCGGACCCCCAGGCGCAGGCAAGGGAACUCAAGCUCCUCGGAUCAAGGAACGGUACUGUGUCUGCCAUUUGGCUACUGGCGACAUGCUCCGCGCCCAGGUUGCGAAGAAGACUCCCCUCGGACGAGAAGCCAAGAAGAUCAUGGAUCAAGGUGGACUGGUCAGUGACGAUAUCAUGAUCAACAUGAUCAAGAAUGAGCUCGACACGAACAAAGAGUGCGAGAAUGGCUUCAUCCUCGAUGGCUUCCCCCGAACGGUCGCUCAAGCCGAAGGCCUCGAUGUCAUGCUCGAUCGUGAAAACAAGCCCCUCAAACACGCCAUUGAACUCCAAAUUGAUGAUGGCCUCCUUGUCUCUCGGAUCACUGGUCGAUUGAUCCAUCCUGCCUCGGGCCGAACGUACCACAAAGUUUUCAACCCUCCCAAGGAGCCCAUGAAGGACGAUGUCACUGGCGAGCCAUUGAUCCAAAGAACCGAUGACAAUGCUGAGACUCUUAAGAAGAGAUUGGCCACUUACCACCAACAGACGGCUCCUGUUGUCGGUUACUACAAGGCCAAGGGUAUCUGGGCUGGAAUUGAUGCCAGCCAGGACCCCGAGCAUGUGUGGAAGAGCAUCCUGGGCGUUUUCGGCGACUCGAAGCCCUCCACAUCCAGCAACAUCUUGAGCAAGAUUGGAUUGCGGUAAAUGAGACGAUGUUGCAGACUUCUGGGAGGGAGCUGCCGAAAAGUGAUUGUUAUUGCACAUUUCCCGCCAUACCAUGACGCCGAAAUCGCUACUGGGAUGAAACUACGGACAGACUCAACGUUCUCGAGUUAUGUUAGCGAAUCUGUACAAGACCACGAAUUUGGGGACCAGGUUUCUUUCUUGGUCAGGUGAACGAAAAUGCGCAACACGUCCUGUACUUGAGUACAUAAGAUAACUUGCGCCUAUCGCGAGAGAAAAACAAUGGAAUCAUAAUCAAGAAGACCGAUCGUCGAAUGGGCUGAGAUUUGUUCUCCCGUGAGUAGAGCUUUGCACUACGUAGUUCUCGUAUCCAGUUUAUUCUUACACAACAG